AUGGCACCGCAAAUGCCAUCUCGUGGGCGCCGGUCAAGGGAGGGAAUCGAUGGCGAUGAAAGUUCACAAAAUAUUAUACCCACGCGACCUGCGAAACGAUCACGUACCAUACAUUACGAAUCUGAAGAAAGAACCCUUGAACCCGAUACUUCGCCAUCGUUGGGAGAAGAAGUUGACAGACAAAAUGUCGGAAGGGUUCCCGGUACUUCCACAAUCGCAUCCGAACGCGGCAAAUUUGCCCCAGGCGCUAUAGUUCGAGUUAAGCUCAAUAAUUUCGUUACCUACGAGAGUGCCGAGUUCUUCCCUGGCUCAAAUUUGAAUAUGGUGAUCGGUCCAAAUGGUACUGGUAAGAGUUCCGUGGUUUGUGCCCUCUGCUUGGGGUUGGGUUCUUCGCCAAAAAACCUUGGUCGAGCGGAUAAAGUGGGAGAAUUUGUCAAACAUGGUUCACGGGAUGCUUUUAUUGAAAUAGAACUUCAGAAGAGAAGCAACGAGCGCGAAAACCAUAUCAUCAAAACUCGAAUUAUCAAAGAUGGGAAUAAUUGCGAAUUCUGGAUAAAUGACAAGAAAACAAGCCACAAAAAUGUUCUAGCUGUGGUCAAGGGAUUCAGCAUUCAAAUUGACAACCUUUGCCAGUUCUUGCCGCAAGAUAAAGUCUCCGAAUUUGCAGCCUUAACACCCGUCGAACUUCUGCAUCAUACACAAAGGGCAGUCGCCGCGCAAGAGAUGCUGGACUGGCACGACGAGCUUAAGAAUUUGAGGAGAGAAGAGAAAUCGAGACAAAUGCAGCUUGAACAAGACAAGGAACAGUUGAUGAAUCUUGAAAAACGACAGGCGGGGCUGCGUCCGGAAAUGGAACGACUCGAAGAGCGAAUUCAGAUUGAGAAAGACUUAGAAAAACUAAAGAACAGCAUUCCUUUUGUAGAAUACAGAGAUGCACGUCUUCGAUAUCAGGAAUGCAAGGAAGAGAAGGUAGAAGCAACCAAGCGAUUUCGUACUCUGGAAAGCCAGGUCGAACCGACUCUGCGGUUUGUUAACGAAAAGGAUUCCUUGGAGAAGGAACUAGCCAAGAUCGUGUCCAACCGCAGGAAUAACCUACAACAUGCAGAAGCAGAGGCCGACGUUCUCCUGAAAAAGGUCGAUGAGUGGGAUGACAAAAUUGGGGAUUGUGAUCGGAGAAUCAAAGUUGUUCUAGAGGCAGAGGAUAAACGAAAGAAAGAUCUUGCAAAGGUCAAAAGGACCAUAAUUGACCUUGAAGCCCGCCUGCGAGAACCUGCAAUAGAAUUCAAUCCCACUGAAUACAAUCAAAAUAUCAGAGCAAUCGAGCAGGACAUCAGAGCCAUCAAAGCAACAGUAACGGAGCUCGAACAAAGCAGAGAAGCGUUGAAAGCCAAAGGACGAGACUUACGAGCUGAACAAGACAGAGCUAAGCAGGCUCUCGCUGACUUUGAUAGUCAAGCUGGGAAACAGAUUAAUAAGAUUGCACAGCAUUCGAGAGAUACUGCUACAGCUUGGAAGUGGGUUCAGGAAAACCAAGACAAGUUUGAGAAGGAGGUCUAUGGCCCUCCCUUGAUAACAUGCUCUGUGAAAGACCCAAGAUAUACUGAUGUUAUUGACUCAUUGUUUCGUUCGAGCAACAUGCUCACUAUCACAGCACAAACCCAGGCUGAUUACAAGCGAUUAAACAAUCAGUUCCAUUCAGCGGAGAUGAAGCUGGCGGAGGUCAGAAUACAAACGAGCACACAGACUCUUGCUGAGACUAUUGGUCGGUCGUCGGCUACUAUAGCUCAACUGAAUAGUGUUGGUCUUGAUGGGUGGGCUAUUGAUUUUAUUGAAGCCCCGGAGCCAGUCCUUGCUAUGCUUUGUAACGAUAUCAAAGCUCACAAGACGGCAGUUACCCUCCAGGACAUCAGUGACGAACAAUAUGAAAGAAUUGUCCGUACCGGAAUUACAUCUUUUCUGACAAAAACCACUUCGUAUAAGAUUGCAACGCGAAGAGAAUAUGGUGCCACGUCAAUUCAGACUUCCGGAAUCAAUCGAGCCAAAUUUUUCGUCGAUGGUGUUGUAGAUACUUCAGGCCGGCGUGUGAUUGAAGAAAAUCUGGCAGACCUCGACCGAAAAUUCGAAUCCCUAAAGAGGGAGGCCAAAGACAUCACUGAAAAGAUUGUACAGUAUUCGAGUACUGCAAAUCCGAAAAGGGAUGAACUGGAUGCGCUCAUGAAAGAGAAACAACAAAAGCAGAAAGCUUAUGGUGAACAAAGAGCUCUUCCAGGAUUGCUUGCUCGAGAGAAGGAGUCUUUGGAGAGAUUGGAAACAUCUAGCUCUGAAUCUAGGGCGGAAAUCCAAGCAAUUGUAAAAGAGCAAGACAUUGCUGGUCUCAAAAAGGGAGAGCACGUGAUGAAACAUAUCGAGCAAAUCAAUCAGAUCAUUGCUUGUUCAGAAGAACUUGACGAGGCCGAAAUCCGACGUAUUGAAGCAGGUUCAGAUGUGCACGCUCUACGAGAGCGCAAUAGUGAUAUUGUAGCAAACCUUGAAACGGAACGUACACGACUAGGGGAGAUCGAAGCACAGUCAAAGCGAGCAACUCUGACUGCACGAGCUGCACUAGAAAGAUGCAAAGAUAUCAGAAGAGAGGCUGAGGAGAGAGAUGAUCAUGACUCUCUAGAGUACUUCUCCAGCAUUUCCCCGGAUAGGACCGUGGAAACUUUACAGCAAGAGAUCAACAGCGAGGAACAUAAACUCGAUUUUAUUCAAGCCAACAAUCCAAACGCUAUUAGAGAGUAUGAGAAACGUCAAGUUGACAUCGGUCGAUUAAGCACCAGGAUCGCUGGUACCGAGGGUGAACUGGGAGACGUCGCUCAGAAGGUUACUGAGAUCAUGACGAAAUGGGAACCGAGACUUGAUGCACUUGUUGAGCAGAUCAGUCAGGCCUUUUCACAUAAUUUCGAGCAGAUUGGAUGUGCUGGUGAAGUUGGUGUGUAUAAAGAAGACGAUUUUGAAAAAUGGGCAAUUGAGAUCAAGGUCAAAUUCAGAGAAAACGAAACCCUUCAGCUCCUUGAUAAGCACCGUCAAUCGGGAGGUGAACGCUCCGUUUCAACAAUUUUCUACCUCAUGUCUUUACAAUCACUUGCUCGCUCUCCUUUCCGUGUCGUCGACGAAAUCAACCAAGGAAUGGAUCCUCGUAACGAACGAAUGGUCCACGGACGUAUGGUCGAGAUUGCAUGUCAGGAACAUGAUAGCCAGUACUUUCUUAUUACGCCGAAGCUACUACACGAUUUGAAAUAUCAUCCUAGAAUGAAGGUUUUGGUCAUUGUCAGUGGUGAACAUAUGCCAGAUGACCAAAAGAAUUUUAGUGUGAAACGCACGCUAGAGAUUAGAAGACGUAUGAGGGGUAUUGCUGCUGCAUGA